AUGGCAACCGAGGCAGCUGCCACCUUUCUGCAGUAUCCAGGGAUGUCUCUGACCCCAAGCUGCGGCGACCAGGGCUGCCGGAAAGCUGGGUCCCAGCUGGAGGUAGCGCUCGCUUUCCGCAUCUCCGAGCCCAAGCCUCGGAGGAGCGCUCGACAAUCUUCGGAAGCCGGAGGGAACGCUCGGGCAUUUCCGGUGCCGAGGGGCGGGGCUGACCGUAAUACCGGCGUCUCCGCCUCCGCCUAUAGAGGGCGCUGUUGUCAGCGCGAGCCCGUCAAGCCGGAGAGUCGGCCAGCGUAUUAG